AAUGGGAGAUAAGUGGUGAACGAGUCUGUGUGUGUGAGUGAGAGAGAGAGAGAGAGAGAAAGCGUGAAAGAGAGGAAGUGAAACGGCGAGAAAGAGAAGGGAAAGGAGUUCGAAAGAGGAAAAUAGGAGAGCGAAAAGAGGAAGAAAGUAAGAGAAGGGCGGGAGUCCGUGAGGCCAGCGAGUGGGUCAGCUUCUUUCUUCGUACGCUGUUUUUCUGGGAGAGAGAUCGAGGGAAAGCGAAGGAGAGCGUGUCUCAUAGCCUCUCCUCCGUGCACCGCUCAGGAGUCAGGACUUGAGGAGGAAGGUGUGUGUGUGUGUGUGUGUGUGUGUAUCACGCUGGUUGCUUAUUUUGUCAGUAUGGAGAAGUGGAUUCUUCAGAACCUCUCAGGUGCAGGCUUGAGUUACUCAAGACCUUUUUGACAUACACAAGCACACAGACACACAGACACACACACACACACACACACACACACGCUAACGAGUCAGAGUGUGGGGGAGAAGGAAGACGGUCACAAGCAAACUACAAGAGGAUAUAAAUGGAAUCUCUGUGGUGAGGACGAGCAAGAGGAGACCGUGUAAGCGACAGCGUUGACUUCGCGGCACGGGAAGGAUGAACGGCUCGGGCUUGCGGACUGCGCCUCCGUUGGACUACACGUGAUGGGCAGUUUGAACACCAACUUGCACCCUGCCUUCGUAUCCAGCUGCCAACUAAGGCUGCAGGUUCCCGUUUAAAGGUACAUCUACAUGAUCUACAAUGGAAAGACUGCUCUGUAGCCUCCUGGUGAUUGGAAUGGCAACGUCAGUGUGCGCUUGUCCCAAGUACUGCGUAUGUCAAAAUCUCUCCGAGUCGCUGGGGACCCUCUGCCCCUCAAAAGGCCUUCUGUUUGUCCCUCCAGACAUAGACCGGCGGACUGUUGAGCUGAGGCUGGGAGGCAAUUUCAUCAUUGCUGUAAACCGGCAAGACUUUGCCAACAUGAGUGGGCUUGUUGACCUGACUCUGUCCCGGAAUACCAUUGACUUCAUCCAACCCUUCUCAUUCAUAGAUCUAGAGAGCCUCCGCUCAUUACACCUUGACGCCAACAGGUUGACGGAAAUUGGGGAGAAUGUUUUUCGGGGCUUGCUAAACCUGCAGCAUCUGAUCUUGAACAACAACCAGCUCCGCAGGGUGGAAGAUGGAGCUUUGGACGAUUUCUUGAUGACUCUGGAGGAUCUGGACUUUUCUUACAACAACCUGGCCCGCCUGCCAUGGGAGGCCCUCAGCAAGAUGAUCAACCUCCACACGCUGAGCUUGGACCACAAUCUCAUUGACUACAUCCCGGAGGGAACCUUCACCGACCUGCAGAAACUGGCCAGGCUGGAUCUGAUCUCCAACAGGCUGCAGAAACUGGCCCCAGACCCCAUAUUUGCCAGGUCAGAGUCGCUGCCCAUGUCCACCACACCAUUCUCCUCACGGCUCAGCUUGACCCUGGGUGGCAACCCCCUCCACUGCAACUGUGAGCUCCUCUGGUUCCGCCGGUUAAACAGGGAGGACGAUAUGGAGACUUGUGCCUCGCCACCGAACCUGAAAGGGAGGUACUUCUGGUACGUGUCGGAGGAGGAGUUUGUGUGUGAGCAGCCGCUGAUCACCCAGCACAGCCUCAAGGUCCUAGUGCUGGAAGGGCAGAUGGCAUCACUGCGGUGCAAGGCCAUUGGGGACCCUCGGCCUGUCAUUCACUGGGUUGCCCCUGACGACAGGGUCCUGGGCAACUCCUCCAGGACUGUCAUCUAUGACAAUGGCACCCUGGAUAUCCUCAUCACCACCUCCCAGGACUAUGGCACCUUCACCUGCAUUGCGGCUAACGCGGCUGGGGAGUCCACUGCCCCUGUCGAGCUUUCUAUCGUUCAGCUGCCCCACCUCAGCAACGGCACAGGCCGGGCCCUGCAGCCAGACUCCCGGCUGUCUGACAUCACCAGCUCCAGCAAAUCGCAUCGGGGCGCAGCCAAAGUCAGGCCAGAGAAGAGAGUCACGGUGUCUCAGGUGACGGCCAGCACUGCCCUGGUCAGGUGGUCACUGGGACGGUCAGCGCCCAAGGUUAAAAUGUACCAGCUGCAGUACAACAGCUCAUCGGAUGAAGUGCUGGUCUACAGGAUGAUCCCGGCUACAAACAAAGGCUUCGUGGUGAAGAACCUCGUGGCAGGAUCUGGCUAUGACCUGUGCGUGCUGGCCAUCUGGGAUGACACGGCCACCACACUCACUGCCACCAACGUGGUGGGCUGCGUCCGCUUCGUGACGCCGGUGGACUACGGCCGCUGCGCCUCCUUCCACGGCCAGUUCCUAGGCGGCACCAUGAUCCUGGUGGUGGGUGGCAUCAUCGUGGCCUCCCUGCUCAUCUUCAUCGUGGUGCUAAUGUUGAGGUACAAGCUGUGCCACGGCCAGCAGAAGAUGUCUGAUGUGAGUGACGUGUAUUCCCAGACUCCUACUGCCUCCACCCAACCUGUCCACAAUGGCGUCCUGCCCCAGUUAACACAAAAGCCGGGCCCUGCCCGGGAUGCCACGGCAAAUUUUGAUUGCUCCUCUAUACAGAGCAGCCUCUCCUCCUCAACGGCCUCCAGUCAAGACUGUUACAGCCUCCACAGCAACUCCAGCACCCUCUCCAAAAAGUGGAGGUCCACGUCCAGAUCCCGACACAACAUCGACCGGCUGAUGGGAGCCUUCGCCUCCCUCGACCUGCGUUGCCAGAGGAAGGACGACAGUUAUGAGUCCAGGGCUUCCACCCUGGCCCGCUACUCGGACAAGGAGCCGCUGCUGGGCCGGAGCGAGUCGCGGCUCAACAAGCUGCUGACGCUGCCCAUGGAGGGGAAGGCUCGACGCAGCCAGUCCUUCGACAUGGGCGACUUCUCCUCCAGCCACUGCUACAGCUACCCCCGGCGCAUCACCAACAUCUGGACUAAGAGGAGCCUGUCGGUCAACGGCGUCCUGGUGCAGUAUGACGAGGACGGCUUGGAGAUCACCCGGGGAGCGUGCUGCAGCUCGGACUGGGUGAUGGAGAGCACAGUAUAGAGGGAGCAGCCGAGUGCGGAGAGUGAGGGCGUUGGGGCGGGCUGGCAGGUAGAGGGGUGUCACCAAAGGCGGUGACGGCUGGCCGAAAUCCGGCAUGGAAUUCAAGAGAGGCGGAAGGAUUUCAGAGGGAAGCCUGCACUGUUUUGAUCUUUGCCUAAUGCCGUAAAGCUGGAGUAAAAGUGGAGAAAUGUUGCAAAGACUCCACAGGCCUGGCAUUAUCUGUGGAUCACGAGGACAGAACCUAGAACAAAGAACAAUACAGGCCCUUCAGUCCAUGAUGCUGUGCCAGCCCUUUAACCUACUCCAUGAUCAAUCUAACCCUUCCUGACAACAUAGCCCUCCGUUUUCCUGUCAUCCAUGUGCCUAUCUAAGAGUUUCUUAAAUGUCCCUAAUGCAUCUGCCUUUACCACCACCCAUGACAGUGCAUUCCAUGCACCUACCACUCUAGGUAUAAAAAACCUAACUCUAACCUCCCCCACAUGCUUUCCUCCCUACACGAUAAAGUUAUGUUCCUUGUAUUAGCUAUUUCUACUCUGGGAAAAAGUAUCUGGCUGUGCACUUGAUCGAUGCCUCUUAUCAUCUUGUACACCUCCAUCAGGUCACCUGUCAUCCUCCUUCUCUCCAAAGAGAAAAUCCCUAUCGCCGUAAAACAUGCUUUCUGAUCCAGGCAUCGUCCUGGCCAUUCUCCUCUAUACCCUCUCUAAAGCUUCCAUAUCUUUCCGAUAAUGAAGUGGCCAGAACUGAACAGAAUACUCCAAAUGUAGUCUAACUAGAGUUUUAUCGACCUACAACAUUACCUCAUGGCUUUUGAACUCAGUUUCCCCGACUAAUGAAGGCCAACACACUAUAUGCCUUCUUAACCAUCCUAUCAACUUGUGCUGCAGAGAAGAGAGAAAAGGGAUGAUAGUGGGUUGGAUAGUAGAGGGGAGAAUAGUUUUCCCUACACCAAACCCCUCUCCCCAUCCCUUCUCUCUUAUUUCUCUCCUCAUUAGCCACCUGACUCAGAUCAAAUGUUUCAACUCAACCGCAAGUCCUCUCAGUUCAGAGGACAGGUCUUUUUGUGUCAUUUAAUCACGAGGUGCACCCUUCACCCUUCUCCCUCUUUACUUUUAUUAUUUUCUGGCCCACCACUGUCCUGGUGAGAAGUUGAACCUGUUUCUCUCUGAACAUAAGCUGCCAGACCUUCUCUGGAAGCGCAAGGCAGGCAGCCCAGACAGCACACCAAAACUGGAUCUCAGGUGCAGGCCCUGAACUGGGCCCUACUUUGACGCCACGGUAACAUGCAAUAGACACAUUGAAAAUGCACCACAGCUCCCAACCAUGACUGCUACAUCUCAGUCAGCUAGGGUGACUUCUGAGGGCAUGGAGGCACCACCAAAUGACACUGCCAUGGGGAAAGGGAUGCUCUCCUAUCUCAAACUCUCUUUAAUUUCUCUGAAAAGCAUUGAUGGGAGAGGGCUGUAUGGCUCUUUCCAUAGGACAUGGGAGGAUGAGAGCUGUGUAAAGUACUAGUGAGCCACAAGCCUGGUUAAUACUCAAGGUACACAUAAAAAUCUGGAGGAACUCAAUGGGUCAGGUAGUAUCUACAGAGGGAAAGGCACUGUCAAGACCCUUCAUCUGGACUGAUUUCCUGGUUGCCAGAUAUUUUAAUUCUCUUUCCUCACUCCUACACUAACAUGUCUGUCCUUGGUCUCUUGCAUUGCCAAGUGGAGGCUAAAUAUAACCAUAUAACUAUAUAACAAUUACAGCAUGGAAACAGUCCAUCUCGGCCCUUCUAGCCUGUGCCGAACUCUUACUCUCGCCUAGUCCCACUGACCUGCACUCAGCCAAUAACCCUCCAUUCCUUUCCUGUCCAUAUAUCUAUCCAAUUUAACUUUAAACGACAACAUCGAACCUGCCUCAACCACUUCUGCUGGAAGCUCGUUCCACACAGUUACCACUCUCUGAGUAAAGAAGUUCCCCUUCAUGUUGCCCCUAAACUUUUGCCCUUUAACUCUCAACUCAUGUCCUGUUGUUUGAAUCUCCCCACUCUCAAUGGAAAAAGCCUAUUCACGUCAACUCUAUCUAUCCCCCUCAUAAUUUUAAAUACCUCUAUCAAGUCCCCCCUCAACCUUCUUCGCUCCAAAGUAUAAAGACCUAACUUGUUCAACCUUUCUCUGUAACUUAGGAGAUGAAACCCAGGCAACAUUUUAGUAAAUCUUCUCUGUACUCUCUCAAUUUGAACUAGGGGAACAGCAUCUCAUGUUUCCCCCCGCCCCCAGAUAGUCUACAACUUAAUAGCUUGAAUAUUGGAUUAUUCAUCUUCCAGUAACUAGCUCCUCUCUGCCCCUUUCUUCAUUUCUGUUUCUUCCUGAUCUAUCGAUCUCCUAUUACCAUAUUUCUUUCCCCUCCUCCAUCCACUCUAUCUGCCCAUCUCUCUCUCUCUCACACACACAUACACAUAUAUAUACACACACACACACACACACACACACGCACACACACACCUACACCCACACACACCUCCAAAUAGUUCCUUCCCUCAUCUCUGCCUUCUGCCAUCUCCACCUUGGUCUCCUGUCAGAUUCCAUCAUCUUCAGCACUUUGACAUUUCCAGCUAUCACCUGCCAGCUUCUGGCUCCAUUCCCAUUCAAAACCUUCCCCAUCAACAGAUCAUUCCUCCUCAUCAUUUGGAUCCACCUAUCACCUGUCACCACUUUCUCUACUCCUUCCUGUUCUUUAUUCUGUCUAUCUCCCUCUGUCUUAUAGUCCAGAUAAAGAGUUUCAACCCAAAACAUUGACUGUCCAUUUUACUCCAUGGACAUAACCUGACUCACUGAAUCAUCCAACUUUUUGGGUGUUGUUUAAUACUCUGGGGGUAUGAGUUCAAAUAUCAUUGUGAUUGAAUAUAUUAAGUAAGUAAUUAGGAAUUUACAAAAAGUAUGGUGGUGGUGUUGGAAAAAGACAUCUAGUUCAUUAAUACAUUUCAAGAAAAAUCUUCCUUUCUUUCAAGUUCUAGCCUCAGGUUCCUCAAUAGUAUGGUUGGAUCUUGAGCAAUCCCCAUCCCUCAAUGCCCAUCCUUCUAAAAUGUCUCAGCAAACCACCAAAGGCACCAUUCACUGUGGGAGGUCCUUCAUCAACAGCGGUUCAGGAAAGAGGCCUAUCAAUGACUUGGGAAGGCCAAUACAGGUUGUCCUUACUCAUUGUUACUUCUAUUCUGGAGUAAAUGGAUAUUUAAAACAUACCCUCAAUCGAGAAGCUAUUCAUUGUGUUAUCCUCAUCUGGUCAAGGGGCUAUUUAACCAGUGGAGGUGCACUGCAUCCCGGCUCUGGGAAUUAAACGAGAAUGUGGAGGCUAGCAUGGAAUUUCAGAAAUAAGAAAGUUAUACAAGGUGCUGCUUGGACUACAGCCAAACAUACCACAGUGAUGGCAGCAACACUGCAAAGAGGUUACCUCAAAGGUUCCCUUGAUUACUAGCAGAAAAUAGAAGCUAUAGUAACCAGGAAGAUCACAGCCAUAUUCACCAGGCACUCUCACUUUAUUGAAAAAGUGUAUGCUUCUGAGGGGAGUAAGCUAAAUUGUGUUUGCAGAGCUAAAUCAGGCCAGAAGUCAUAGAAUCAUAGACUAAUACCGCACGGAAAUAGGCCCUACGGUCUAACUUGCCGUUUUACCAAGAAGCCCAUCUAAGCUAGUUUGGCCCAUAUCCCUCUGAAACUUCCCUAUCCAUGUAUCUGUCAAAAUGUCCUUAAAUAUUGUUACGGUGCCUGCCUCAACCAAUUCGUUUGACAAGUCGUUCCAUAUACCUGCCAACCUCUGAAUGAAAGAUUUGCACCUCAGGUCCAUUUUAAAUCUAUACUCUCUCACCUUAACCUUCUGGAUAUUGAUUCCCUUCUCUUGGGUAAAAGGCUGUGUGCAUACAGUUCUGGUUGCUACCCUGAAGGAAGGAUGUGACUACAUUGAGCUGUACAAAGUGUAGACACAAAUGUAGAUUUCUAAUGCUGAUGGACAAAUAGAAACAUAGAAACAUAGAAAAUAGGUGCAGGAGUAGGCCAUUCGGCCCUUCGAGCCUGCACCGCCAUUUAUUAUGAUCAUGGCUGAUCAUCCAACUCAGAACCCAGCCUUCCCUCCAUACCCCCUGACCCCUGUAGCCACAAGGGCCAUAUCUAACUUCCUUUUAAACAUAGCUAAUGAACUGGCCUCAACAGUUUGCUGUGGCAGAGAAUUCCACAGAUUCACCACUCUCUGUGUGAAGAAGUUUUUCCUAACCUCGGUCCUAAAAGGCUUCCCCUCUAUCCUCAAACUGUGAC